AUGUUCACUCCUAAGAAUAUUGCUGGUCUCAAGGAACCAGGAACCAGGUCCGAGAAUAUUGUUAGUCUCAAGGAACCAGGUGUGUUCACACCUAAGAAUAUUGUUAGUCUCAAGGAACCAGGUGUGCCUCCUGUAAACCAUUCUUUCCAUAAGUUUAGCCAGCACACUUGUGAGGAUCUUUCCAUAAUUGCCAAAGUUGCUAGGGUCUUUGCCUUCUUUUAG